AUGCAGCGCCCCAUCCUCGCGCUGCUCGCGCUCGCGCUCGCGCUUGCGCUCACCGCGUGCGCAGAGACCGCCGCGCAGGCGUACACGCCCACGACCGGCGCGUGCCCCGCGGGCUUUGCGCUCGUGCGCCCCGCGGGCGACCCCGCGGCGGGCCAGACGCUCUCGCCCGGCGAGCAGGCGUACAUCGCGGCGAAGCGCGCGGACGUCCUCCCGGGCGCGUUCAGGCGCUACCUCGACACGGUCGUGCGCACCGCGCAGGUGCCGCUGCCCGCGUACAUGUACAAUAUCCUCGGGAGCGAGGACCCCGCGCAGAUGCCGACGGUGGGGAUUGCGAGCAGUGGCGGAGCGUACCGCGCGGCGCUGUUUGGUGCUGGGGUGCUGAAUGCGCUGGAUGCGCGGAAUGGGAGCAGUGUUGCGAGGGGCACGGGCGGGCUGUUGCAGGCGACGAGUUAUCUCGCGGGCUUGAGCGGCGGGAGUUGGCUGGUGUAUUCGUUGGCGCAGGCGAAUUUCCCGACGGCGCAGGAGCUUGUGCUCGGCCCUGCAGACCCGGUGGAGGGUGGGUAUGGCGGCUGGGUGACAGAGUGGGGGACGUUGACGCUGUACCCCGACAGUGCGGACGAAGCGAUGAACGAAGAGUAUAUGAACCAGACUGUGAGGGAUAUCAUGGGCAAGUACGAGGCGGGGUGGCCUGUGAGCAUCGUGGAUCUGCUCAGCAGGAGUAUGGGGCGGCAUUUCUUGAAUGGAACGACUGGCGCGAAUUUCUUUGACAACUCCACCGUUCACGGUGCGGGAGUGUUGUUCUCGGACUUGACGAAUGUUCCCACUUUCGCCUCGCGCGAGCAGCCAUUCCCCAUCGUAGUUGCAGAUGGAUGGUCAAAGUACCCCUACGGACCCGACGGACCCGAGGCACUUGGAAGCAACACCCCUCCCUCCAAUGUCAUCUAUGAAUUCAACGCUUACGAGAUGGGCUCCUACGACCCGCAGCUCGCGGCGUUUGCCCCCAUGCAAUACCUCGGCACCACGAAUGAGACCGUCUGUGUGACAGGAUUCGAGCAAGCCAGCUUCAUUAUCGGCGGCUCGUCCGACUACUACUCCCAAUCCAACUCCUCCAUGGCAGCCAUCAUGGCCACCGCGGGCCCCUGGAUCACUCUUGUGAAUGAAUCAUUCACACAGCCGGGCGUGCAGCUCGACGUUGGGCUCGUCCCAAACCCGUUCCAAGGGCAAGGAAAUGGGUCUUUCACGGAAGUGAAUGAGACGUACUUGAAUAUUGUAGACGGCGGGAAUGAUGGACAGGCGAUUCCGAUCCAGCCGCUGCUGGUCAAGGCAAGGGCAGUGGAUGCUUUGAUUGCUAUCGACGUGAACGCUGAGGUCAACAACUAUGCGACCGGCGGUGACUUUAUUUCUUCAGCCACCCGCGCUGCGCUCUUCCCCACCGCCUACUCCUUCCCCCCAAUCCCUCUCAACACCUCCACCUUCAUCGCCGAGAACCUCACCCUCCACCCGACCUUCUUCGGCUGCGAAACGCCCGAAACGCCGCUGAUCAUCUAUAUUGCAAACGGCGGCCCACCGAAGGGGCAAAUGGCUGUGACGAACACGUCCGAUGAUACGUGGACAGAACCGCUUAUCCAGGCGUUCCUCACGCAGACGUUCGAUAUGGCGACGCAGGGGUACCCCGCGAGCGAGGCGGAGAGCACGGACCCAGAGUGGGCCGCGUGUUUGGCGUGUGCGGUUGUUGAUCGCGAGAGGGAGAGGCAGGAGAUUGCGAGGGCAGGUGUUUGCGAGAGUUGUAUGGCGAGGUAUUGUUGGAGCUGAACAUGAGUUCAAGCUCGGGCCGCAAUGGAUAGUAGAUGUCCGGGCUCGCUGGCUUUAUUACGGCAAUAACAUGGACUUCUGAUAAUGACACGAACCAAGAGAAAUAUAAGGGG